ACAGAGAUGAGAUAUUCUUCUAAAAAUCUUCGUUGUGUGUUCAGGGUGAGCAGAUUUAAUAGGUAUAAAUCUAGGGUGGCAAUGCCUUAGACCAGGCCAUGCUCGAGACACCUGCGUUCUGUUCUUUUCAUUACACUGCGUCUAGCUUGCGGACCAACUAAACAGUCCCUUAAAAAGAUGUACUGGGUGUGUGAGUGAGAAAGAGAAUCUGUGUGAAAAGCAUGUGUGUAUCUUUGGAGGGAGGGCUGCGUGAAUAAUGAAUAAUGGCUGGGUUUGUGCGCUCACAGUUGAGUGAAUUAAACAUGAAGCCAUCACUAGCAAACUCACAGAGGAACGAGAGAGUCACAGAAUGCUAAGGCUCGGUUACUGUGGGGAGAAAAUCACCAGCAUCCAUGAAGCACAGAUAACAGGUGCUGUCUUCCACGUUAUACCUAACAAGGGCCCCCUGUGAUAGGUGAAUAAUUCUAGAUAGGUGGUUUGCUGAAACCCAUCCCUGACAGGUGUAAUAUUAGGCUACACAUCUUUCUCAGUUCUUCAGAUCGAGUUUCAAACAGGAUUCCCCACUCAGGAUGCUAAAGGGGCAUUGAUGUCAUUGUAUGGAAGUGAGUUAGACCACAUUGCUGGGCACAGUGGUGAUACCAGUGCCAGUGAAAACAAUAGGAAGACGUUGUGGGACUUGUAAUAGGAAUUCUGACUGAACUAGUUCAUUAACGGAGCUGUUUGGGAUGUCGCACCAGACGGGAAUCCAUGCAACUGCGGAUUUGAGAGAGUUCCUUGUGAAGGCAAGAAGGGGAGCUGUCAGACUGGUGAAGAUUGUUAUAAGGAGCGAGCAGCUGGUGUUGGGGGCAUACAGAGAGGCAUCUCAAAGCUGGGACCAGGACUAUGACACAUGUGUCCUGCCCAUGUUGGACACUCUAGAGCCCUGCUAUAUCCUGUACCGCCUUGACUCACAGAACCAGCUGGGCUAUGAGUGGCUGUUUAUCUCCUGGUCACCAGACCAGUCACCAGUGAGGUUAAAGAUGGUGUAUGCUGCUACCCGAGCCACACUGAAGACAGAGUUUGGCAGCAGUCACCUCAAAGAUGAAAUGUUUGGAACAGUCCUGGAAGACAUCUGUUUCCAAGGAUACCUACGACACCUCUCCUCCUCCUCUAUCCCUGCCCCCCUCACUACUGCUGAACAACAGCUCCAUCAGAUUAAAAUAACAGAGGACGAGCGAAGGCGGGUCACAACCGUCAGUGGACGAGCAAAGACAGACAGCGUGGAUGGUAAAAAUCCGACUUUGCAAGGUUUGGCGUUCCCAUUACAAGAGGAUGCUAAACAUGCUUUACAGCAACUUAAACACAAACGCAUCAAUUACAUUCAGUUGAGGUUGGACACUGAACGAGAGACGAUUGAACUAGUCCACACUAGUCCUACAGAGACAAAAGAGCUCCCAAGCAGAAUCCCCACUGAUGCCCCACGAUACCACUUCUUCCUGUACAAACAUGCUCAUCAAGGACAGGCACUGGAAGCUGUAGUUUUCAUCUACUCCAUGCCUGGGUAUAGCUGUAGCAUCAAAGAAAGGAUGCUGUACUCAAGCUGUAAGAAUCGAUUGCUGGAUGAGGUAGAGAGGGACUACCAGAUAGAGAUUGCCAAAAAGAUGGAGAUUGAUAGUGGAGAGGGGUUGACAGAGGAUUUCCUGUAUGAGGAGGUGUACCCAAAGCAGCAUGCUCUAAAACAAGCCUUCACCAAGCCAAAGGGCCCUACUGGAAAACGAGGGAAUAAGCGUCUAAUCAGAGGAGCAGGAGAGAAUGGAGAUGAGAGCUAAAUUGCAUACAGUCAAAAUAAAAUGACAUCUGAUACACAAUGUUUAAAGGAAUAUUCCGGGUUCAGUACAAGUUAAGCUCUAUCGAAGGCUUUUGUAGCAUAUUGUUGAUUACCACAAACAUUUAUUUAGACUUGCCCCUCCUUUUCUUUAAAAAAAGCAAAAAUCUGGGUUAAAUGUGCACUCAGUAACUUUUGUUUUUGUGUCAUCUUGGACUUACACGGACAUCUUGCGGCUUGGAUGCAGCAUCAUUUAAACAGUUUUCAGUUUCAGAUGCCAUUGUAGAAAUUCACUGUUCACAGUCAGCCAUGAUUCAUUUAAUCUAUGAGUGAAAGUGUCAAAUAACAGGACAGUUACUGAGAUUAAACGAGUAGUAUUCGUCUGGUCCUGUGAUUCUAACAUGGCUGCCCCCAUGUGCAAACCCUCUCCAUGUAGAAUAAAACAGUUUUAUAAGGUUACUGAUAUGACUGGAGUCUUCAUUUUAAUGUGAGUGGUCAUGAUAUCCUACAAAUAUUGCAAAAUUACAAUUCAGGUCUUUAGGAAUGAAACUUUUUUAAUGAGGAAAACGUUUUGCUUGUGUCAUCUUGGACUUGCAGUGACACCUAGUGGUGUGGAUGCAGCAUCAUUCAAAAUCAAUAGUUUUCAGUUACAGAUGCCAUUGUAGAAAUUCACUGUUCACAGUCAGUCAUGAUUAAUUUAAUCCAUGAGUGAAAGUGUCCAAUAACAAGACAUUUACUGAAAUUAAGUGAGUAGUAUUCGGCUGGUCAUAUGAUUCUAAAAUGGCAGCCCCCAUGAGGGUGCCCCUCCCCCAUGUAGAAUAAAACUUUUAUAAGGUUACUGAUAUGACUAGAGUCCUCAUCUUAUGUGAGUGGUUAUGAUUUUAUACAUAUGUUUCAAAAUAACAAUUAAUUUCUUCGGGAGUUCAACAUUUUUAAUGGAUAAAAAUUACUGGGUGCAGCUUUAAAGUGAAGCACUUACAACAGAAGUAAAUGGGGCCAAUCCGUAAAUAUUAAAAUACUCACUUUUUCAAAAGUAUAGCCACAAGACAUAAAUAAUAUGCAUGUUAACAUAAUUUAAUGUGAUAAAAUCAAUUACUAACCUUUUCUGUGUAAAGUUAUAGCCAAUUUUACAACUUCGUUGUCAUGACAAUGUCAACAAACCCUAAAAAGACUGAAAAAUGACAAUUUAUACAACCUUACAGCUCAAAAAAUACAUGAGUUUAAACAUAAAAUUUAAUGUAAGUGCUUUUAUAAAAUUACAGGCUUCACAUUUCUGCCUUUAAACCCUCCAAAAAUUGGCCCCAUUCACUUCCAUUGUAAGUGCCUCACUGUUACCCAGAUUCUUGCUUUUUUUAAAGAAAAGGAGGGACGAUUCGAAAUGUAAAUUUUUUUUUUUAAACGUAUUUGUGGAAAUCAACAUUAUGCCACAAAUGCUGUCGAUUGAGCUUAACUUGUAUUGAACCCCGAAUAUUCCUUUAAUUUCUGUCUCUAUAGCCUAUA